GAGAAACGCAUCAGUGAAGCGAAGAGUUUGUAUUACGGCUCGAUGUGCCAGAUCUCUGCGGGUGACGCGCCCGGCGUCAAUGAUGUCACCAUCACGCGAGAAGGGGCCACGGCAGUUGAAAUCUUACAGGCGGUUGCCGAGUGGUACAGUGGC